AUGGCUCAUCCUGGGAUAAGAGAUUACAGUAACCGGGAGAUAGUGCUGAGGUACAUCCAUUACAAGCUGUCACAGAAAGGAUAUGACUGGGUUGCCAGUGGAGACAGAGAAAAUGUUUCUUCUGCUAUUGGGACCUUUCCUGCUCUUGGAGGGCUGGUGUCUCUGCCUUCUGCUGCUGUUAGUAACUUGGCUGCCACUGAAGUACAUCCUGUACCCCAAGUUGUUUAUUCCACGCUAUGCCAAGCUGGUGAUGAGUUUUCACGGAGGUAUCAGAGGGACUUUACCCAGAUGUCUGGUCAACUGCACUUGACUCCAGUCACGGCCAGAAGUCAUUUCAUGGCUGUUGUGGAAGAGCUGUUCCGAGAUGGAGUAAACUGGGGAAGGAUUGUGGCAUUCUUUGAAUUUGGUGGCAUGCUGUGUGUGGAAAGUGUCAGUCGGGAGAUGUCACCUCUGGUGGACAGUAUUGCUGAAUGGAUGACUGAGUACAUGAACAGGCAUCUGCACAAUUGGAUCCAGGACAAUGGAGGCUGGGUACGUGGCUGGUUGUGUUCUUUGUGUUUCCUUUUCAAGAUAUAGUAAUCUCACUAGUUCAGGUUCACUUCACUGACAUAUUUGCAGUAGAAUCAAGU